GUGGCGGCGUCUUGUUGUUGUGGAGGCCAAAAUGGCGGCUCAGGCGGCGGCAGCGGCCCAGGCUGCGGCGGCCCAGGCUGCGCAGGCCGAGGCGGCCGACUCGUGGUACCUGGCGCUUCUGGGCUUCGCUGAGCACUUCCGCACUUCCAGCCCGCCCAAAAUCCGCCUGUGCGUACACUGCCUGCAGGCCGUGUUUCCCUUCAAGCCGCCGCAGCGCAUUGAGGCCCGUACGCACCUGCAGCUGGGCUCCGUUCUCUACCACCACACCAAGAACAGCGAGCAGGCGCGCAGCCACCUGGAGAAGGCGUGGUUGAUAUCACAGCAAAUCCCACAGUUCGAAGAUGUUAAAUUUGAAGCAGCAAGUCUGUUGUCUGAGUUAUACUGUCAAGAGCUUCCCAAACGUGACUAUUUCCUUUCAGAAUUCCGUUGAUGCAGCAAAGCCGCUGCUGCGGAAGGCAAUCCAGAUCUCACAGCAGACCCCAUACUGGCACUGCCGUCUGCUCUUCCAGCUCGCUCAACUGCACACGCUUGAGAAGGACCUGGUGUCGGCCUGCGACCUCCUGGGUGUGGGGGCCGAGUACGCCCGGGUGGUGGGAUCCGAGUACACACGGGCGCUGUUCCUCCUCAGCAAGGGGAUGCUGCUGCUGAUGGAGCGCAAGCUGCAGGAGGUGCACCCACUGCUGACCCUCUGUGGGCAGAUCGUGGAGAACUGGCAGGGGAACCCCAUCCAGAAGGAGUCGCUGCGUGUCUUUUUCCUGGUGCUCCAAGUCACCCACUAUCUGGAUGCCGGGCAGGUGAAGAGCGUGAAGCCGUGUCUGAAGCAGCUGCAGCAGUGCAUCCAGACCAUCUCCACGCUGCACGACGACGAGAUCCUGCCCAGCAACCCCGCCGACCUCUUCCACUGGUUGCCCAAGGAACACAUGUGUGUGCUCGUCUACCUGGUGACUGUGAUGCACUCCAUGCAGGCGGGCUACCUGGAGAAGGCACAGAAGUACACGGACAAGGCUCUCAUGCAGCUGGAGAAGCUCAAGAUGCUGGACUGCAGCCCCAUCCUGUCAUCCUUCCAAGUAAUCCUGCUGGAGCACAUCAUCAUGUGCCGCCUCGUCACGGGUCACAAGGCCACGGCGCUGCAGGAGAUCUCCCAGGUCUGCCAGCUGUGCCAGCAGUCCCCCCGGCUCUUCUCCAACCACGCAGCACAGCUGCACACACUGCUGGGCCUGUACUGUGUCUCUGUCAACUGCAUGGACAACGCGGAAGCGCAGUUCACCACAGCCCUUCGGCUCACCAACCACCAGGAGCUGUGGGCCUUCAUCGUCACCAACCUGGCGAGUGUGUAUAUACGGGAAGGAAAUAGGCACCAAGAGGUACUCUACAGUCUGCUGGAGAGGAUCAACCCAGACCACAGCUUCCCUGUCAGCUCACACUGCCUACGAGCGGCUGCCUUCUAUGUGCGCGGGCUCUUCUCCUUCUUCCAGGGACGCUACAAUGAGGCCAAGCGAUUUCUGCGGGAAACUCUGAAGAUGUCCAAUGCCGAGGACCUGAACCGGCUCACGGCCUGCUCCCUUGUGCUCCUGGGCCACAUCUUCUACGUGCUGGGAAACCAUCGAGAGAGUAACAACAUGGUGGUUCCCGCCAUGCAGCUGGCCAGCAAGAUCCCAGACAUGUCGGUACAGCUGUGGUCAUCGGCACUGCUGAGAGACCUGAAUAAAGCCUGUGGGAACGCCAUGGAUGCCCAUGAGGCCGCUCAGAUGCACCAGAACUUCUCGCAGCAGCUGCUUCAGGACCACAUUGAGGCCUGCAGCCUCCCCGAACACAACCUCAUCACGUGGACGGACGGUCCACCUCCCGUGCAGUUCCAAGCUCAGAAUGGACCCAACACCAGCCUGGCCAGCCUCCUGUGAGGCCCGGAUGGGGCCGUCCAGCUCCGCAGGGCCUGCGUGUCUCCGGCUUCCACCCAGGUGGCACUCAAGCUUGCCCCUGAGGCAUGCUUCCUUCCUGACUGUCUAUAGAGCUUCCAAUUCCUGGGAAUGUGCGGGGCCAGUCCCUGCCCUCCCAGGGGGGGUGGCAGCCGUUGCCACCUCGCACUGGGCCCCCAGUGCAGAGGCUCACAGGUGGCACUCAGGUGCCAUCUCUCCAGAGCCACCCUUCAGAGUGGACCUCAGUGCCUCAGUCCUGCCUCUGCAUCUGGGUCAUGUUGGCCAGGAGCAGGGUGCAGGCCCCUGGCAGAUCCUGAUCCUGUGUGCCAGGGUAGGUGGUGCCCCAGGGGCACCAUGCCUGACUCCAUCGCCCAGGCCUUGAUGCCGAGCAGGUGGAGUGUUUCCUCUGCUCAAGGCAGUUUCCAGAGCGCGGAUGCCAGUUUCUGGCCUGAAUUUGGAGGGAAGAAGUGAUGGCCCGCCUGCGGGACGAAGCACAGAUCCCAGCACUUUUCCCAGCUUUCUCUCCAGCAUCGGUCCUGCAGCAGCUGGGGCCUCUGGUCAGGAACCCUCAGGGACACAGGAACUCAGCUUCCAAACAUCUGCACCUUGACUGGACUCGCCAUCCCACCAUGGGGGGUGCAGGUGACCAUAAACAUGGGUGUGCGUGUGUGUGCACACGGGUGUGCGUGUGUGUGCACACGGGUGUGCAGUGAAGAUCCAUGGAGCUGAAGCUGGAGCUCCUGUUGCACCAGCCACCUUCUUCCAUCCUUUGGCUGCUGAGGGGCACAAAGUAGGGGAGCAGCUCCUCUCCCAAAUUUAAGAUCACCUCCUCAGCUAGCUUAGGGUGCGUGGCAUGGCCCCACCCCCAGAUCUGGAGCACAGGGACUUUGUUCCUGGCAGAUCUGUGGCCUUCCCUGUAGAGGAUGUCUGUGGGCAGUGGCUCAGCCUCCUGGUCCCCUACCCUCCCUGUCUCCCCUGCCAGGCCUCUGGGGCACAGUGUGAAACCCCCUCCCUAGCCAGGCCCCAGGGAGCUUCUGCUGGGUCCAGAGAGCAGUGUUUGGUUUUACCCACUUUUAGAUAAUCAGGUUACCAUGUGCCAUUGGGAGGUGGGAUCAGGGGUUAAGACAUCAGCAGUAGGUGCCAGGGCUCAAGACACCACCUCCAGCUUCUGGAAACCAGGAGCCUUUCCCUGCUGCAGGUGGUGGGGGUCCUGCUCGGCAGGGUAGGUGGUGGUUUCAGGUCUUCUUACCCUUGCUCUGUGGAGCUGCCUCUGGGAGCUUCCGCGUCUGUGACUGAAGGGACGCUGGAUUGCUUGGGUCAGCUGCUCAGGAUCCCUAGGCUGGGUGUGCCUUAGCCAAAGGCAGGGCUGUCAAUAACCCCGUUCCUCACUGGCUACCACCCACAGCCAGGCUGACAUCAGCACCAGUGACAGGCUGGUCAGAGGGACGGGGAUGGACCACCACCAUCUCUGGGUCACCAGGGGAGAGCCUGGCCCUGUCUGUGCUACCCAGUGCUGCCUCCAGGGCCAUGAGACCAGUAGGAGAGCGUGUGGCACUGGCCCACAAGCUGUCCCUGUCCCAACUUCCAAGCCAUGGCCUCUGCCGGCUCCACCUUGAAGGAGCCUCCCAGGUCCUCCCCUUCAUCCCUGAGAUGCCACCACCUGUGUCUCCACAAUAUGCUCCUGCCCACCUGGGCCCCGCAUUGUCCAACCCCUGCACACCACACUCACGUCACCACAGCGUGCGUCAUGUUCGUCCCCAUCUAUUUAUUUAAGCCUUUCUUUGCUUGUAGGGCAUUUUGUAUGUAGAGCAGUUGAAAACAGAACCUCAGAACUUAACAUCUGCCCUGAUGUUAAAGUGCUUUUCAUGACCACCCUGUUAUCUAUGUAUAUGUAAAGUUAAGGAGGAGAUCUUAAGUUUACAAUUAAAAACUCAGUACUCGAUAUUUAAUAUUCUACUCGAGCUUUAUGGAAGCCAAAUCAUGUGCGUCUGUGUGUGUGCGUGUGUGUGAGCUUUGAACCUCCUUCUAUGGCCACAUCUGGUGACACAAAGCUUUUGACAAGUACCUUCCUGUGGGUCACUCAGCGCCUCAUACCAUCUCAUUCAAUUGCAAGAAUAGAGGCCAGUUACAGUGACACAUGCCUAUAGUCCCAGCUAACUGGGGAGCAGGAGAAUCACUUGAGCCCGGGAGAUUGAGGCUGCAGAAAGCCUGAUGGCCACUGCGCUCCAACCUGGGCGGCAGUGAGACCUUGUCUCAAAAACAAGCAAAAAUAAAACAAUGGAAGGCAGACAGCAAAUCCCUGAGGACACAUCACACUGUCCUAUAGCUAAGUGUCUAGGAAAAAACAAAAACUCCAGACCCUUUGGUGUACGAGGAUAAGGAGGUUGCAGAAAGGCAUUCCGUCGGCAGAUGAACAGCUGAAAGUUGGCCAGACCCUCCUGUACACCUCUGCUCUUGUCCUGUGGCCUGCAGGUUGGGGGGUCUGCCCAGGAGGCCACCCACGGCAGGAAGUGAGGCCUAUGUGUUUCCUUCAGACACAGCUGCCUCUCCCCAGCUCUGUCCCCAUAGUUGCCUGCUGGUGGGCGAGAGUCCUCUCCCUGGGGUAAGCACUCCCAGCCCUGUUCAUCAGAAACACAGGCAGCGAAAUCGGACCUGCCACCCAGCCCAGCAUGGUGGCUCAAUUUGUUGGUUGCGUUGUCUCUUCGUUUUGUUAAGGUUUUUAAUAAGUAUGUUUGGCAUAAUGUCUUUUAAUGGGUUUGUAAUAUCGUAACGGUUUUAGCAGCCUAUAACUUUUCAGCUGGUGCUUUUACUUAGGGAAAAAAAAAAAACAAUUUGUAAAUACAGAACAUUGUUUAAAAGACGUAACCAUAGAACAUAGCUUCCUGUUUGUGGAUUUCGUUUCCUAUAUAUUCAAAGUAAAAUGACUUACAGGAGCCA